GGCCAGGCCGGGUCGGAUCGGAUAUCCCAUCUCGCCAUCAUCUUUUUUUCGGUCAACAGCCUCCUUCCACCACUACGGCUACCAUCAUCCUCACCACCACCACUCACCAGCCAUCAUCUUCUCUGGAUGACUGCUAAUUGAAGACGAGAAGAAAACAUCCCUCAGGUAGAUAGCCAGCCUCGUCGUGGUAUCACCCACCAGCCAACCUCCACCAAAACAACAACUUCUCAGGGAUGACUGCCUCAUACGAGUAUGAUGAAUCCGGUCAAUCGAAUUUCUUCGUUUUCACGUUUUUACUAUUGAUCUUGAUCCCCUGGACAAUCUCAAGUCUAUCAAAGCUAUCCAGUACUACGGCCAAACCGCCAUGCCCCGAAUGGAACUCAAAGGAUGAACAGGUUAAAAAGGCAAAACAAAAAGCAUCACCAAUAAGCCUGAGUCAUGUCUGCUUAGCACUAGGAUGGGCCCUCUUGGCAUAUGUUGCCUACAGAGCUAGUUUUGUCAAAGCCUCGUCUGGUACAUACGACCCAUUCACCAUCUUAGGUCUCAAUCCCGGUUCGGACGAGAAAUCAAUCAAAAGGCACUUCAAAAGGCUAUCUCUGAAAUUCCACCCCGAUAAGUUGAAAUUGCAGGUCAACCAGACCAUGGAAGAAGUUAACGAGCAUUUCGUCAACCUCACCAAGGCCUACAAAGCUCUGACAGAUGAAACUAUUCGUGAAAACUACGAGAUGUACGGCCAUCCCGACGGAAAAAGAGAGACUGCGAUGGGAAUUGCACUACCUAAAUGGAUCGUUGAAACUCGCAAUCAUGGCUACGUUGUCGGACUUUAUGGCCUUGUGUUUGGAUUGAUGCUCCCUUACCUUGUCGGUAAAUGGUGGCACGGAUCCAGAAAGUACACCAAAGAUCAAGUUCUCAAUGAAUCGGCUUCCCGUUAUUUCUUGAACCUGACCGAAGAGACUAAAUUCGCUAACGCCGUGGAAGUCUUGUGCUCGUCGCUCGAAUUCAAAGCUUUGGAAUCUAAACAUAUCCGAGUAUUUGAGUCCAACAAAUCGUACAAGAAGCUCGAAGAUCAAGUGACAACGACCCUGUUUAAUUCAACCGGAGAAAAGCUGGAGGGCAGGCUGUACAACAACAGCAGUGAAAAAUUUGUCAAGAGGACUGCAGUUUUGGUUUAUGCUCAUAUGUUUAGGAUUCCAAUCUCCGAUGUUGCCAUUCUGAAUGCCAAACAUGAUGUCAUCAAUUACGGUCGUCAUUUAACAAACGGGAUGCAGUCCAUUACGUUAGGAUACAACUGGCUCAGUACCUAUUUGGUCAUCAUCAAACUUCAACAACAUCUGGUCCAGGCUAUGCACCCAGCACUAUCCCCCUUGGUUCAACUUCCUCACGUCUCUGUCAAAACUGCUGAAAAACUAGCCAAAAACAAUGAAAUCGGAUCUCCUGAGCAAUUUUCUAUGCUGUCGGAACAGCAAAAGGACACCUUGUUUCCUGAGUUGAAAGGUCAAGAUCACAUCAAGAAACAGAUUCAGUCUAUUUCGGAGCAUUGGCCUAAGUUGGAAUUGGUCAGCUCUGAAUUCAAAGUUGUCGGUGAAAAAACUGUCACCCCUGGUUGUGUGAUUCACUUUACGAUGAAAAUUAGGAUCAAAAAUCCCAAGUCUUCCGCCACGGGUAAGGAGAACGGAAAGUCGCCUGCACAGGAACCUGAACAAACAACCGAGCAGGACUUGAAGGGCGAAGAAAUGGAAAUCGAUGAAUUGUUGGGCCGAAAGAAAGCUGGGGCUGAUGGAGAGGAGAAAUGUCCGAUAGUACAUGCGCCUCAUGUGACCAAGGAUACCAAACCGAGCUACUACUGGCUAGUCGGAGACCACAAGUUGAACCGAAUCUUCGUCCAGCCGGUCAAAUUUACCGAUGUCGGAUACACGAAGACCCGAGUGCUGAAGACGACCUUCCAAGCUCCACACAGUCCGGGAUUGUACACGUUCCAAGCGUAUGUGAAGAGCGAUUCGUAUGUGGACACCGACGUGCAGGCCAGCAUGCAACUGCGAGUCGAGGACAAGGAGGCUGCCGAAGAUGCCAACGCCGAGGAUGAUAUCUCUGAACCCGACGAAGAUACCCUGGCCGGUCAAAUGGCCGCUAUGCGCGGCAAACCCACUAAAAAACAAAAGACGGAUGACGACUCCGAUGAUACUAGUGGCACAGAAAGUAGUGAUGAUGAUAGCAGCUCGGACUCGGACUCCGAUUCCGAUUGAUUCGGACCUUCUCUCCUCUCGUCCCCUAGGUAUCACUGUUUCCUCGAGGAAAAAAGUUUUUUUUUUUUUGCUCAGUACCUUUUGACUUGAUUUUUACUUUCUUCUUGUCUCUUUUACUAGCUAGUCUUCAUCGCUUGGAUCCAUUCUCCUUUUUUUCCCCUUCACUUUGUUAGAGUUUCUUUUUUCACUUCUUUUCAUAUUCAUUUCCCAGUUUCAUUUUUUUAUAAGAAAAAUCUAUACAUGUCUUGUCUUUCCUUUGCACACAAAAGAUAAACCAAAAAAAAACCCCUGAAGCUUUAUAAAUGUUUGGUAUCUUACAUUCAUAUAAAACAAAGAGUGAAUACAAAAACCCACAAGCAUUGCUUCUCUUCCUCUUCAUUCUCUCAUUUUCUACUUUUUUUGGAAUAAUAUCAGCAUCAAAUAAAAUGAUACUGUGUGAAUACAUACAUACAUGUCUAUGUGAGAGA